AUGUCAUACAACCACCGAAUGAGCCAGCAAUUUCAUGGCACGCAGCAACAACGCAAAGGCCGCAAGAAGGAAGACGAGAAUGAUGCGUUAAUGCGCCUGCCCGAUAAAGAAAUCGCAGGAUGUAUCAACGAUAUCGGAAUCCCGUUUACGGCCGCCGACCUGAUCAAGCCCAAUCCACAGCAGAUCCAGAUGGUGUUCGAAUGGUUCGCAGAACUCCUCAUGAAUAUUACUCGAGAGACGGUUGACCCCGCAAUGCGCGCCGCAGCUGAAGACAUCGGUGGAGAUUUCCCUGACAUUGUGCCUAACGACACGCGCAACUUGAUGGGCUUUUUCGUCAGUCUGCGGAGAUUGAUGAUGGAGUGCGGCGUAAACGACUUCACCUUCACCGAUUUGACGAAGCCUACACAUGAUCGUCUUGUCAAAAUAUUCUCGUACCUCAUCAACUUCGUGCGCUUCCGCGAGUCACAAACGGCCGUUAUCGAUGAACACUUCAACAAGGCCGAGAAGACUAAAGCGCGCAUCGACACCCUCUACGCCGAGAACCAGGAGAUGGAAGCGCGCCUCGAGGAAAUGCGUCGGAACCUGCGUGCCAACGAAGCGCAAGUGAAAGAAAAAGUGCAUCGGAACGAUGAGCUGAAGGCGCGUCUGCGUGAACUCAGCCGGAAUCAAGAGCGGGUUGCCGAAACGCUGGAGCGAGUCAAAGCCGACAAAGCGAGGAGACAGACACAGCUGGAGGAAAAGACGGAGAAAGUCGUGCGUACCCGACAAGAAGUCGAGAAGCUCCGACCAUAUGUCAUGGAAAGCCCGGCUAGUCUCCAGUCGUCUUUGACUGAGCUCUCCGAGAACCUGCUGCGCGAGAAGGCCCAGAUUGAUGCGAUGGAAAAGAGGGCGAGGGCGCUGCAAACGUCCUCGGAUACGUUUACUGUCGUGAGCAACGAUGUGCAGGCUUGUGUCCGGCUCUUGGAAGAUAUUUCCGAGGAAUUACGGAAGGAGGAAGAGGAGGAAUCGCGCGCGUCCCGGAAUAAGGAAGCUAUUUCCGAUAGAGGGAACAACGUUAGAGAGGUCGAACAAACAGAGAAAUUACUACAGCGCCAACUGGCGCGGUGGAACGAAAGGAUCGAAGCUCUGCGGAAAAACGCACAGGAGAAGGCAGAAGCCGCCCAAGCGCGGAUGGAAGAGCUUCGGAACAUUCAAAAACAACUUCGUGAAGAGCGCGCUGAAAAGCAGCGUGAUAUGGAAAGACGGAGGAUUAGGAUUGAGCAGACCGAGAAAAAGAUGGCCGAUCUCAAGGAGAACAUCGAAAGUGAGAUUCAAAGCGCCCAUGACGAAUACCUGAAGCUGGAGUCGCACAUCAAGCUUUAUAUUACAGACAUGGAGAAAUGUCUAUGA